GGAGAUGGUAACGGCCGACAGGGUGGCCGUAGAGGAAAGUCUACAGCUGAUAAAGCCGACGAGAGCACAAAGACGUGGCUUAGCUUUCACGCUCCUGAAGGAAUUCAAUCAAGACUUUGCAGGAGGAGAACUACGGGGCGACAGUCUGCCCAGUAGCCUAGUUCAUGCUGCCCUCUUCGAUGCACAAAAUGAGAAAUACAGAGCACCACUGAGGACGUGGCUAUUCAACCAAACCGGAACCGAAGACGCAGCAGGGAUACUAGAUGAGGAAACUGAUCCCGGAAAGGGAAGGAAAGCAAUAAAGGUAGGCGUAGACGAGGUAGAGUUCAUGGAACGGAGUGCACUCGGAAAGUGGGAAACAGAGGGAAAGAAGAACGAGGUCAUUGUCAUCGUCGAGUAUUUCAAUUCUGAUAGAGCGAUA